AUGAGCGGGAACGCAAGCCAAGGGCCUGGGCUGCGGUAUCCUUCGAACAAGAAGAGCAUAUACGAUAGGAACCUGAAUCGUAGCAAAAAUGCCGAACUUAGUAGAGCGGCGUUUGCAUACCUCUUCAUUGAGAUGAUUGCAUAUGCGCAAAAGGGCGCAAAGGAUGUGGGGGACUUGGAGCAGAGACUAAACACCCAAGGCUACCCCAUCGGCCUCCGCCUACUUGACCUUCUCCUUUCCCGCACCGCCAACCCCCUCGCUAGUAUUCGACCCACACGUAUCCUGCCUCUGCUGCAAUUCAUCGCACAGCAACUAUACCGCUACCUCUUCGGUCGCCCUGCCGACGCGUUAGAAAAGUCUGGUACCGAUCCCGGGCAGUACAUGCUCUUCGACAACGACCCUAUGGUCAACCAAUACAUAAGCUUGCCUAAGGAACUGUCAAGUCUGAAUUGUGCGGCCUUUGUGGCGGGCAUAAUUGAGGGCGUGUGCGACGGCGCAGGCUUCCCAACCGAAGGUGUAACGGCGCAUAGUGUAGGCGACGAAGAAGGCAAGGAUGGGAAGGGACUGUGGCCGGGGAAGACGGUCUUUUUGAUUAAAUUCAAGCCUGAAGUACUGGAAAGGGAAGAGAUACUUGGCAGAGGU